AUGAGUGACCCAAUUGGGAAUUACAAUGGUUGGAAGGCUGUAGCAAUUGGUUCAAACAAUCAGGCAAUUCAAUCAAUGCUUAAGCAGGACUACAAAGAUGAAAUCACAAGGGAAGAGGCUGUUCAACUUGCUCUGAAGGUACUCAGUAAGGCAAUGGGUAGCACUAGUCUUACUUCAGAGAAACUUGAAUUGGCUGAGGUUCUCCUUUCUAAUGGAAAAGCGAAGUAUCAGGUCUGCUCACCAGUGGCCUUGGGUGAGUUGUUAGUGAAGUUUGGAGUCACCCAACCUGCUGUCGAUGCCUCUUAA